AUGGACUAUCUAUCGCCCGAGAUGGUGCAAGGCUGGCGUCACGAUGAGAACGUGCAUCUGUGGUCACAGCUAUUGGUGGGAAAGCCGCCGUUCGAACGCAAAGAAAUCAGGGAUACUUACGCUCUUAUCAAGGAGGUCAAGUACAAAUUCCCGGAGAGCGUCAGUGAAGGUGCCAGAGAUUUGAUCAGUAAACUACUCGUCAAAGAACCGGCUAAUCGCAUUUCGCUGCAGAAUGUCAUGGAACAUCCCUGGAUUUGUCAGCAUGUCGAUACAACUAGCAAUGAAACAUCGUCUGUUGCUUGA